CCGAUAAUAGGUUAUGUAUUACAAAUAACUAUUUUCUAAAUUAUCGACUUUUCUGUUUUAUCAAAAAAACCGUACAAAAUAAAAGUGAAAGUGAAACAAAAAUUUUAAAAAAGUAUAUUCUGUGAGCAUUCCUCAGUGUCCUUGCCUCAAUGUAGUGUUCAGUGCCCCCUUCACGUUUCUAACAGCUAGAGAGAUUGUCCAACCUGAAUGUCUAUUGGACGUGGUAAUGUAGUGCUUCAUAUCAGGUGUAGCGUCCACCAGUGUUCAGUUAAGUUCUCGACUUUGCUGUUGGUUACAGCUGGUUACGUAUCCUAUUAUUUGUUCAGUUAUUUUAAUUCAUAAGUUUCUCUUUUAUAACAACUAUUUAUCUAUUCUAAACUAUCAUCUCAGAGAUAUUUGAAAGGAUUGUCGAUUCUAACCAACGAAUGUCUUAAUUUAAAAUAGAGAAAACAGGCAAUAUUUAAUAUUAACUAAUUGCUGUAAAAACAAAUAAAACGUGAUAAUGGCAUCUCAGGUGUUAGAUUUUUAUAGAGGAAAAAAUAUUUUCAUUACUGGUGGAACUGGUUUUGUUGGAAGCUGUCUUAUUGAAAAGUUACUUCGAAGUAUUCCUGAUUUAAAAAAUAUCUAUGUUUUAAUGAGACCAAAAAAAGGAAAACAAAUAAAAGAGAGACUUGAAACGCUCAUCAAAGACUCGGUAUUCGAUAGACUUCGUGAAGAAAAAAAAGAGUAUUUAUUUAACAAACUUAUUCCUAUUGCUGGUGAUGUUGGUGCAGAAAACUUGGGAUUAUCUGCUGAAGAUCGAUUUACUCUUGUUGAAGAAGUAAAUGUUAUUUUUCAUUCAGCGGCCACUUUGGACUUUGGAGCCAGUUUGAAAUCUGCUAUUGAUAUAAAUCUCCUAGGAACACGACGAAUAGUACAAUUGAGUCAAGAAAUCAGAAAUCUCAAGGCAAUCGUACACGUAUCAAGUGCUUACGUGAAUUCAUUCCUUUUAGAAACAAAAGAGCAAAUAUAUCCUGCACCAGCAGAUGUAGAGAAGGUGAUUAAAAUGUCGAAUGAAUUAGAUGAAAACCAAUUAGCUGAAGAAGAACCAAAGUUACUUAAGGAUCAUCCUAAUUCUUAUACUUUUACAAAACACUUAGCAGAACAUGAAAUAGCUAAUGCAUCACUUGCAGCUGCUAUUGUCAGACCUUCCAUGAUUAUUGGAGCAUGGAAAGAACCAAUACCCGGCUGGACCACAUCAAAAAAUGGACCUCAAGGUUUUUUAAUGGGUGCCAGUAGAGGAGUAAUCCGUCGUUUACCGAUUUAUCCAGAUCUAAUAAACGAUUAUAUACCUGUUGAUGUUGUUGUGAAUUCAUUAAUAGUUGCUGGUUACACAGCUGGUACCAGUCAUGAAAAAAAAAUUAAGGUAUACCAUUGUACUUCAAGCACUUGUAAUCCAUUCCGUUGGAGUAUGAUAGAAUCAAAAGUGAAUAAAUAUCUUCACAAAUAUCCGCUCAAAUCUGCUGUUUGGUAUCCGCAUAUCAAAUUUCUGCCACUUUGGCUUUUUAAAAUUUCAGCUAUUUUCAUUCAUAUGAUUCCGGCUUAUAUACUGGAUACAGUUACUAAAUUAGCUGGAGGAAGACCAAUUCUCGUCCGAUUACAUACUAAUGUAAACAACUCUCUUGGCCGUUUGGAAAAAUUCAUCGUUACUGAAUGGAAGUAUCACAAUCCUCGAUUACUUGCAUUACAUGAAUCUUUAUCAGAUGAAGAUCAAAAAUUAUUCUACCUUGACAUAAGAUCCUUAGUAUGGGAGGAUUAUUUUGUUGAUUUAACCAAAGGAGUAAGAGUUUAUUUAAGUAAGGAUCCAUUAAAAACUCUUGAAGCAGCACGUUCCAAAGAUCAAAUUUUAUUAGUUGCACAUUUGGGGCUUCAAUUUGCAUUGAUGGGACUUGUUUGGUGGAUUGCUAAGUUUAUUUUAGGCUCUACUUGGACAAAAACUGGAAUGAUUGUGCCUUUAUUUUAUUUUCUCUUUAACCAAAUUUAAAUACAUUUCUAUUCUCAUCAUUCCAUUAAUGGUUAAACACCAGUUUAUUGAAAUAAUUGCUGCAAUGAUUUGUUAACACAUCAGUAGAAAAAUUGUAUUGUUGAUACAUUUUUAUAUCCUUUUUUACAUUUUUCAUAUGAUAGAAUAGAUUUUUCUGAUCAAGCUAUCGUUAGCUGAAUAUUAUAUAAAUUUGAUUAUAAAAUUAACAUUAAUACCUGAUAACUUAAUUAGUUAU